GUGCACUUUGCGGAAUUGCAGGACGCUCCCUGGCUCGCCGCGUCGCCGGCCUGAGAGCAAACGAGGGCUGCUUUCCAGGCCGGGCGAUGAGUUACCUCAGCGGAGGGGCUGUGAGGGCCCUCCUAGACAUAUGCCUUGAUACCUUCACAAGAAACAUAUCCAGAUAUGCUGCAGAUAUUAAGCCUUUACCACCAAACAUAAAAGAUAAACUAAUUAAAUUGCUUAGUGUUCAAGGGCGGAUAACUGAUUCAAAUAUUAGUAUGGUUUUGCACCCUGCAGUGGAGGCACUGGACUUGCGAGACUGUGAUAUUUCAGAUAAUGGCCUGCAACAACUUUACAACUGUAAGCAGCUCAAAAAAAUAAACUUAAAUGUUUGGAAAAGAACCAGAGCAACCAUCACCUCAGUAGGUGUUGCAGCACUAGCCGUGUCAUGCCCUUAUCUGCGUGAAGUCUAUUUUAAAAGAUGCAGCAAUCUUACAGACAGUGGUGUUCUUGCCCUUGCCCUCAACUGCCCACUUUUACAAAUAGUUAAUAUAGGUGGAUGUUUCAGCAUCACAGACACAUCACUGCAAGCACUUGGACAGAACUGUCAAUCCCUACAUAGCGUGGAUUUUUCAUCUACCCAAGUUACUGAUGAUGGUGUAAUAGCGCUUGUUAGUGGAAUGUGUUCGAAGAACUUAAAGGAGAUCCAUAUGGACCAGUGUGUGAAUCUGACUGAUGUAGCUGUGGAAGCCGUCCUCACUUGCUGUCCAAUGAUAUACAUCCUUCUGUUCCAUGGAUGCCCACUUGUAACAGAUCGGUCCCGAGAAGCUCUAGAACAGCUGGUUGGAUCAAACAAAUUUAAGCAGAUCUCAUGGACUGUUUAUUGAUUGUUUAAAGUUGCAGACGAUAUUUCUUUGUGAGGAAUGAAGCAUUUCUAGAAAUAUUUGUCCUCCAGUGAUGUAGAGUGUAGUGGUUCUCAUGGGCCCAGGUGCUAUUUAUGUUCUUUUUUGCAUUGGUGCUAUGCCUGGUGAUAUUCUCAAUAAGAAUAUUGUUUCUGUGUUCAUAGAAGAACAAUAUUUGACGGUUCUAAUCACUAUUCCAGAAUCUUUAUGUUCAAAAGUCCACUUUGUACUAGCAAAUGGACAAGAGUAAAUAAGGACAUGAAGGAUGUAGAAUGAACAAACAAGAUAUGGGAACAACCACUGCAUAAUGCUGCCAAGCUGCUUGGCAGCCAGUUUGAUGGGAACCAGUUAUGUUUCAAAGUAGCAUUAUCACUGGAGCGAUGUUCUCUUCAAGUUGCUCUUCACAUUGAAAUAAAAGCUCCCACCUCGCAAA